AAAUAUUUCUUCUAUUUGACCUUAAUCGUCGCCGACGACAAUGAUAUACUUUUAUAUAGUCUGCAUUGAUAAUGAAUGAAUGAAUGACAUCAUAUAUAUAUAUACAGUGGGUCUCAAAAUUAUUCAACCACGUAUAAUUUGGAUUUUUUUUCGUAGCCUUAAGCGCUAGAAAGAAUCCAAAUGGUGAUUUGAAUAGAGGAUAUUGUUGCCAACAAGAAUUUGAGAAAAUGAUAAUCGUCAUGAAUUUUCCUAAAAUAGGAUUUCUAGAAAACCAAAACCAUGGUUUUUCAACAUUCAGAAGCCACAACAGAAGCCUUGUUUUGACAGUCUGGAAUUAUAGAGCAGCCAAUUCUCUACAAAAUGAGACGUCUCCGAGCUUUCUACGACAUUCCCUUCAAAAGUUCUAAGCGUCACAAAAAUCGAAAAAAAGUGAAAUUUAUGAGAAAAGCGACCAAAAACCUCAUUUUUUCGAUUUUUGUGACGCUUAGAACUUUUGAAGGGAAUGUCGUAGAAAGCUCGGAUAUGUCUCAUUUUGUAGAGAAUUGGCUGCUCUAUAAUUCUAGACUGUCAAAACAAUGCUUCUGUUGUGGCUUCUGGAUGUUGAAAAACCAUGGUUUUGGUUUACUAGAAAUCCUAUUUUAGGAAAAUUCAUGACAAUUAUCAUUUUCUCAAAUUCUAGUUGGCAACAAUAUUCUCUAUUCAAAUAACCAUUUGGAUUCUUUCUAGCACUUAAGACUACGAAAAAAAAUCCAAAUUACACCUCGUUGAAUAAUUUUGGGACCCACUGUAUAUAUAUAUCUCUUAUUUCCGUUCAACAUACUCCAUACAUUGAUCAGUUAUAACACUCGAUCGAUACUUUUCUUCUGUUAAAAAAAUAAUUUUAUUUAAAAAGAACAACAAAAUGCCCUGUUUUGAUUUUUCAUCUUAACAUAGAUUUAUACUGUUUUUAUGUUAGACCACAUUGACAGCUACUCAAAUGUCGAGACACGCGUUUCUCUGAGAUUAACUUGUGUUCGUCUCUAUAUCAGAACAUAUUUUAUAAUGAUUAUUUAUUCGGUCAACUAGUGAUGUUUAACCCUUUCACAGGCGGUGGUACAUAUAUGUACCACUUUUUUGUCUUUGGACACAGAACUAUAAUAAAUUAGGAAAAUAAAUAACUUGGCACAUUAUGCAUAACUGCGUCAUAAACAUCGACAGAAAUUGUUCCCUUGAAAUUCGCCCGUGAAAGAGUUAAAAUCUUUAUUAAUCUAUCCGAGAUAAGAAAUAUCCUUCUAUAUAUUCAAUUAUCAAAUUAUGUGAUUUACGAAUAGUUUCAGUGUUAUUUUUCUUUUUAUUAAAACAAAAAGAAAAAUACACAAUAUUAAAACUCUAUAAGAGCAAGAACCUGAUAAUUUUAUUUAAUCUUCUUGUUUUUAGAUAUGAAAAAUUAAACAAUUAUUAUCAUAUCUCAAAAACAAAGCAUUAAAACGAGCAAUAUGAAGGUUAUGUUUUUUUUCGGUGACUAUAAUUGAAGAAUUACCUCAUAUAUUACUUUAUUAUAAUUUUUCACUCAAAACAAAAUCGUUAUUUUUUCUCAUAAUAUGAAGUUGAAAUUUGCAAAUAUGGUUCACAAAGAACAAUUUGUGAUAUAAUACGUUCAUCAGAUUUUCUUUCUGGUCUAUUUGAUAUUGAUCGACGAACAAUAUUAAAACAAAUGUCAACUAAUUCAACAACUAUGGGUAAUUGUUCAUCAUCAAUUAAUUAUGGAAAAUCUGGUCGACGUGCAUUGUCUUGUUCUACAACACCAACAAAUACUAAUUCAACUGAUCUUCUAUUAGGAAUGAUUGAAAAACGAUUAGAUUUUAAAUAUAGAUUUUUAUGUAAUUCUAUUGGUUAUCCAAAUAUACUUAUUGAUGAAGAAUCAACUAAUGAAACAAAUAAUAAUAAUACUAAAACACAAAUACAUAAAAUGCAUCAUCAAUAUCGACAAUAUGUUCAUCAAUGGAUAUGUAUAGUAAAUGAUUUAAUAACAUGUAAUCAUACAAUUAAAUAUAAAAGAUCGGUUCUAUUCUAUAAAUUAGAUGCAAAAUUUUUACGUGGAAAUCAAUUAAAAUUGGCAUCAACAAAACCUGGUGCUGCUGAACUAGGCACUGUGUUAUACACUUAA